AUGGCAUUCACCUCGAUGAAGCCAUUCUUGAUUAUCACGCUGGCGCUUGCGACCCAGGUCUCUGCUCAGAAUAUGCCGUGGCGGUUAGCACGGAGGGCAUCUGGCUACAACGACACCUCUUUCGGCAACGUGACGAGCCCGUUAGUCAGCACAACAACUACGCAAUCACCUGAGGCUAUCACGGCGACAACCCCAAGCACUCGGUCGACCUCCAGUACAGACUCUUCGAAAGCGCCUAUCACUUCGACCAGCAGGACUGAUACAUCAACCAUAGCGACUACGUUGCCGUCACCUGGUGAUGGAGAAUCUGCCAAUGGGUCUUGCGCCGAUAUUGUCACAUAUCAUGGCUCUGUAUAUCCCACCGUAUACGUGACUCUUACGGAAACGUUCGGUGUGACCCUCACAGCGCCGAACGCAUCGAUGACAGAGACCGAGACACUCAUCACGCCGCCACAAGCAUGCAGUUCAACCAUUGUUCCUAUCGGCCCCGACGGAUUCACCAUAGAAGGAACCAUGUUGACAACUAUAACGGACGCUGCACGGAGCAGUGACUCGAGCACGUUUCCCACAUUCUCCCCAGCACCAUUUGCAAACGGCACCGAUGCAAGCAAUUCAGCGUCUGGCACCACCGUCAAGGCUCCUGCGCAAACGGACGACAAUGGCAUCUUGCCUGGCCAGCCUGGAAAGCCCCACCCCGGCGCUCAACCGGAAGGAGAUGGUCCCUCCCACGCUGAUGCUGACGGCAGUAGCACACGCGUCGUCCCCACGCCUGUUCAGUCGACAGCUUAUUCGAAUGUGCCGUAUACCAGCACGGUCAUUGUCACCAAGAAGACUCCUGUGCCCGUUCUACCUAAUUCGGCAAUCGAGUCACCGCCUGUAUUCCAGGCUCCAGCUCCUGCGGAACCAACAGCAGAUCCUCCGGGAAGUCCGGCAUCGAACCCAAGCAGUCCUGAAAAUCCAAAUAGGCCUGCCGGCGGUCCCAACCCUCCCGAAGCUGAAACAACGCAGCUCCGACCAGGUCCGAACAUCGUCCCUGUUCCUGUGCCGCAGACUUCGAUCUCAAAUGUGCCCAUCGCUGUACGCCCAUCCUCAAUAAUAAUCGGUACCUCGGCCGUCCCCAUUCCUGCUGCAGGAUCACAAGCAGUUGUCACCCAAAGUGGUAUCGAGUUCGUUGUUCGCGAGUCCGAGAUUGCGGCACCAGAGACCACCGUCGGCUUCCAACCUCUUCGGCCGCAGCAGGCAAAUGUCAUAAGUGUCCCACCUACUCGCGUCACGGUAGCACCCGGUGUCGUGGUCGAAGUGGCAGGCUCCACAGCUGUUGUUGCUGGCACGACUUACCGAAUCGAUGACGAUUUCUCGACAGUCCUGACGAUCAGCGGACAGCGGAUUUCGAUUGGGCCGUCUGGUGUAGCCCUCCCGACCACCACAAUCCUUCCAGCUAUCGCUACCAGUGGAGCGGUGAUCUCGAGCGUGGGUCAAGUCACGUUUACGGUUUCUGGCAGCGAUGUGUACAUAAGCGGGACCAGAUAUGGUAUUGCGACAGACUCGCCUAGUGUCAUAACAACGAUCGGCGGAGAGCGCGUGAGCAUAGGGCCUGAUGGCAUCGGCUUCGCUUCGACGACACUACAUCCCGCGGCCACCGGUACCAGCAGUGACAGCAUCGCUACCGGGACCGCCUCAAACGCCGUAGGCGCCGAUUCAACUGGCAGCGCUUCGUCUGCCUGCCUCUCAUUAGCUCCGCUGCUCUUGAUCUGUGGAGCAUUGAUCGCGGCUCUCUUGGCUUGA